CUAUCAAAAACGUCCUGAAACAUUUUUUGUACAGCGUUGAAUUUUCUACAAUAAAGUUAGAUCGGGAUUUUUGAUAGGACGCACAGCUGUUGAUAUAUUCGAGUUCGAAGUUCAUAGAUAACGUUAUAUGUUUUAUGUAGUCGGUAAAUCAUAUGAUUGAGGAAUUAUUAUUGACAUAACCAAAAUUACAUUGAACUUGUUCUAUUUUUCUCUUGGUGAGUGAUGUGCUGAGCCAAAAUUAAUGAUCAUUGGUGAUAAUGGGCUCCGAGCGAUAAUUGAUCUGUUAAUUAGCGUAACUAUUGGGUGACAAUCAGGAGGAAAAUGGAGGAAAAAGUUGGGGAAGAAGAGAGGAGCUUGGGUAUUGUCGAUGAUGUAGUAACAUUUUUGGAGAAGGAUUCCAGAGCUCUCCAGAUAUUCACUUAUGGAGUCACUGGAAUUGGACUCAUGGCUGCUCUCUAUAGGAUAAGACCUUUUGCCAAGUUCUCGAACCCAAUGAGAGUUCCAAGCCAUUUCAUCACGCAGCAGACAGUCCUUCGUGGGACAGCUGCAAGAAUAGAACCUGGCACAACGUCGUUGAUUUUAGUUGAUCAUAAACCACUGGUUCCCCUUCCAAGGCUUGGAAAACCGAGAUAUUUACCCGUUCAAAUAGCUGGAGUGGAUAUCAACAGUCACGGGAUUAGUUGGCUAUCGACAAUUGUCCAAGGGAAUGCCAUAGAAUUUAUCCCAGUUCGAAAAACGAAAGACUCUUUAGAUUGCACAAUAACAAUGCCUCAGAAGGAUCAGGAACCCCUGGACGUUGGAAAAGAACUCUUGAAACUUGGCUUUGGCACAGUGGGUCAACUGUCCUCAAUUCCCGAGGACAAGGUCUUGAAAUCCUAUAAAAAAGCUCUGGUAUCAGCUCAAAACUGGGCCAAAUCGAGACGCAAUGGCCAGUGGCACUUCCUGAUUCCUCCGACCCUGUCCUGGCGGCUAAAGAACCUCCUGGAAUCGAAACUCCACCGCGGUUGACGUCGAGCAAUCUUCCCCGUGAUACUGAGUUACUUAUUGUUGAGCAAAAAUUGUUAUUUCUAUGGAGUUCUUAGCAUUAACGAAGCAGUGUCUGUAAUUUACUCGAUAAUAUCGUUCGCCGGGUGCGAAAUAGUCUUACUAAGACGAGUCUAAUGUACUAUUUUAUUGAAAGUGGUGAACUGUGCCUAUAUUUUCGUAAAAUGAUGAAGAAUUGAAUAAAUUAAUAUUGAAAAGAA